GAUCAGUUAGACUGAGCUGCUCUUCACAUUCUCUCUGUAUCGUUCACUCGCAAUCUUCCAACCAUUUGCAUCCAAGGUCCGAAAUAAAGACAUUUCCACAUGACUUGAGCUGCAAGACUCAACCCCAAAUCAUGACAAUGAGCUUCUUUGGAAAACUGAAGAACCGACACAGUGGACCUCCAGCUCCACCCAAAAGGGAAGAUGACAGUGCAGGGUUUGGUUGGCCGCAGGAUGAGUUUGAUGAUGAAGAUGGUGACACGUAUGAAGUGCCUCCGUGUGAGCUUUCGCCUGCGAAGGUCCCACAGACACAAGUGGAGGAGAAUGUUUAUCUGGAGAGGACAUCGCCGCCUCCUCCUCCUCCUACUCCACAGAGGAAGGCUGCUCCUCCACCCAGGCCAAAACCUCAACAACGCACUGACGAUUUCUUCCAUGAUCCCAAAACCAAGAAACCACCGGAGGUAGACAGAAAUGACAAGCCUGGAAGAAAGAAUAAGGGGCCUCCUCCAGACCCCAUUGACGAAGAUGUGUAUCUGGAUCCAAAUGAAGAACAGGACGACAAUGAGGAGCUGUAUUUAGAACCGACAGCUGCUUGCUCCCCUCCCCCUCGUGGGCCGAUGAGGAUGCCUCCUUCUCCCAUACCCAUGUCGAAGCCACCGGUUCCCAGAGCUCAUUCUAAUCCAUUCCUGCCGUUCCCUGACUCAACGAUGACUCCUCCAGUUGAAGCAAGACGAGGCACAUUUCCUACCAAACUCCCUUUACCCCCCACCAGUGUGAAGCCCCCUCUGCUAGCCCACCUGAAGGAAGGAAAACCCAGCCUUGCACUGUUGCCAGACACUAAGCCUGUGGUCUCCUCUGGUGGCAUGAGGGCGACCAAACAGUCUGGGAAUGAGGACAAAGAAUGGUUUGCUGGAGAUUGCAACAGAAAGAAAGCAGAGGAGCACUUACUGAGGGUCAACAAGGACGGUGCCUUUCUUAUCCGACACAGCUCAGCUCAGAGCAGCCGGCAGCCGUACACCCUCGCUGUGCUCUACCAGCAAAAGGUGUACAACGUUCCCAUCCGCUUCAUUGGGGAGACACAAGGGUAUGCCCUUGGAAAAGAAGGCAAGACGAAUGAAGAGAUAUUCAACUCCCUCGACGAGAUGAUUUCUCAUCACAAGAAUAACCAGCUUCUUCUGAUCGACAGCAAGAGCCAGGCCAAGCAAACAACUUAUUUAACCCAUGCUGAACGCCCUUAAAACCACACUAGGAGCUUCUGUCAGGUUGUAUUCAGGGUAAAAUAAUGAACAUUGUACUGUUUGAAAGUUUCUGUAGCUACACUGUGUGUCACAUGUGUGUAUUAAGUUUAACUCUAUGAAAUCAGUCAGCUAACGUAUGGUUUCCUUUAUAUUGUUUACAGAUAGGAAUAGCUUGUAAUGCACUGGAACCUUAGCAGAUAUCAUAUUUCACCAACAAUUUCUCCAGAAAGUAGUCUCAGCUUCUGCAUGAUGUAAGAACAGCAUAACCUUACAGUAAAGUUUCUGUUGGUUCGCAAAGUGAUAUUCCUGUGUUGUCAUAACUUUAGCAACAAUUGGCUGUGGUUAACAGUUUUUUUGUGAAAAGGAACAUAUUUCACUAUUUGUUUCCGCCUUAAGAUAAUGGUGUUAAUGUAAUAUUACUGUAUAUUUCAAUCACCUUUCUAGCAUUACAGUAUAUUUCUGCUGUGUAACAGAUGCCAAACCACAUCACAUUGCCUCCCAGGUUGCAGCUUAACUCUUCACUUUGUGCCUCCUGCUCAUUUCCAUUAUGACGGUGGUCAUGUGUGAUGAACUGUUGAGAUAAAUGUGACCAUUAAUCAGACAUUUUUAUUACAGCAGUAGAGAGUUGUUGUGAGUCUUUCCCCCAAGUUUAGUUUGAUAGCUUUAAAAUGGUUUGAUAUAUUACAAUUGUCUUUUAGGAUGUGAUAUUGUAGAUAUUGUUAAAUACAAAGACACAAUGAAACUGCUUUA